AUGGCUCAAUUACUUGGAACACUUGCUAAAUGGGCAAUCCCUGUUGGCCUCGCUGUUGGUGGUGCUCAAUCCGCCAUGUAUGAUGUCCAGGGUGGUUACAGAGCUGUCAUUUUCGACCGUAUUCAAGGUGUGAAGCCUAAUUCCAUCGGUGAAGGUACUCACUUUUUGGUCCCUUGGCUCCAACGUGCUGUCUUGUUUGAUGUGCGUACAAAGCCCCGUAACAUUUCCACCACUACUGGUUCCAAGGAUAUGCAAAUGGUCUCUUUGACUUUGCGUGUCUUGCAUCGUCCUGAAAUCAAAAACUUGCCCUCUAUCUAUCAAAAUUUGGGUUUGGAUUACGAUGAGAGAGUGUUGCCUUCUAUUGGUAACGAAGUCUUGAAGGCUGUUGUUGCUCAGUUUGAUGCCUCUGAAUUGAUUACUCAACGUGAGGUUGUUUCUGCCAAGAUUCGUGAGGAAUUAUACAAGCGUGCUAGAGACUUCAACUUGGCCUUGGAGGAUGUUUCUAUUACACACAUGACUUUCGGUAAGGAAUUCACCAACGCUGUUGAGCAAAAGCAAAUCGCACAACAAGAAGCUGAGCGUGCCAAGUUUGUCGUUGAACGUGCUGAACAAGAGAAGCAAGCUGCUAUCAUCCGUGCUGAAGGUGAUUCCGAAGCUGCUGAGAUGAUCUCUUCAGCAUUGGCUAAGGCUGGUGAAGGUUUCAUUGCCUUCCGUAGAAUUGAAGCCAGUAAAGACAUUGCACAAACUCUUUCUCAAGCUCGCAAUGUUACCUAUUUACCCAGCAGUGCCCAAGGCGGUAGCAACAUGUUGCUUGGCCUUAAUGCCAACUAA